GCAUUUAAGGACUCUUCCUUCGGGUCGAAACCCAGAACCUUCUAUCGCACCCACAUUGUCAUCCAAACGUUCCCAACCUUUUCUACAGUGACACAUUCCAAGCGAUUCACUAUGACUUCUGAUAUUAAAAGUAGUCCAAAAUGGACGGCUCAUCAUGUUCGCCAGACAUUCCUAGAGUAUUUCAAGGAGAAUGGCCACAAAUUUGUCCCUUCUUCCUCUGUUGUUCCUCUCUCGGAUCCUACCCUGCUUUUCACGAAUGCAGGAAUGAAUCAGUUCAAGUCAAUAUUUCUUGGGACUGUCGAUCCGCAGUCUGAUUUUGCAUCCUUAAAGCGAGCGGUCAAUUCACAAAAAUGUAUACGUGCCGGUGGCAAGCAUAAUGACUUGGAUGAUGUAGGGAAAGACAGCUACCAUCAUACUUUUUUUGAAAUGCUUGGUAACUGGAGUUUUGGGGACUACUUUAAGAAGGAUGCGGUCCGAUACUCCUGGCAACUCUUGACAGAAGUAUACGGGUUAGAUCCAGAACGUCUUUACGUUACCUAUUUUGAAGGCAAUGAGGCAGGAGGCCUAGAUCCUGAUCUAGAAGUGAAAGAAUUAUGGAGGGCAGUUGGGGUUCCCGAAGAUCAUAUCCUUCCCGGAAAUAUGAAAGAUAACUUCUGGGAAAUGGGUGAUCAAGGUCCCUGCGGCCCCUGCAGUGAAGUCCACUACGAUAGAAUCGGAGGGCGCAAUGCAGCCCAGCUUGUCAACAAAGACGAUCCUAAUGUACUCGAAAUCUGGAACAAUGUCUUUAUUCAGUACAAUCGUGAACCGGACCGGUCUUUGAAGCCCUUGCCAAACAAGCAUGUUGACACCGGGAUGGGAUUUGAGAGACUUGUUUCGAUUCUUCAAGACAAAUCAUCCAAUUACGAUACUGAUGUGUUUUUACCGUUGUUCCAAGCCAUUCAAAAUGUCACUGGCGCCCGGAAAUAUCGAGGCUUGUUCGGCGCCGAUGACCCUGAUGGUAUUGAUACUGCUUACCGGGUGAUAGCAGACCACGCCCGGACCCUUACGAUUGCAAUUUCAGAUGGUGCAACCCCGAACAAUGAAGGCCGUGGAUAUGUGAUCCGCAGGGUGCUGAGGAGGGGCGCCCGUUUCGCUCGCAAAUACUUUGGGGUUGAAAUUGGAAGUUUUUUCUCAAAGAUCGUGCCUGUUGUCGUGGAUGAAAUGAGCGACAUCUUCCCGGAACUCAGGAGCAAGCAGAAUGAUGUUAUAGAUAUUCUGAACGAAGAGGAAAUAUCAUUCGCCAAAACGCUAGACCGCGGCGAACGACAAUUUGAGAACUUUGCGCAACAGGCGAAGGUAAAGGGAGUUGAUAGACUGCACGGCGCUGAUGUUUGGAGGCUUUACGACACCUUCGGAUUCCCUGUUGACCUUACUCGGAUUAUGGCGGAAGAGCGGGGGCUGAAGAUUGAUGACCUUGAAUUCGAAGACGCAAGGUUGAAAGCUAGGGAAGCAAGCAAGGGCCAGAAAAAAAAUGCGGCAGACACCGUCAAGCUUAAUGUCCAUGACCUAGGGAAAUUGGAGAAGAUGAAUGAUGUACCGAAGACAGAUGAUACCGCAAAGUUUCAGGAUGGCAACAUCACUGCCCAGAUCAAAGCGAUAUAUCAUGGAAAAACUUUCCAUGCGAGCACGAAAGAGAUACGUGAUGGGGAGCAACUUGGAAUCAUUCUCGAUCGCACCAACUUCUACGCCGAACAAGGUGGGCAAGAGAAUGAUACUGGCAGCAUCACUAUAGACGGACAGGCAGAGCUUGAGGUCGGUGAUGUUCAGCUAUAUGCUGGGUAUGUCCUUCAUACUGGCUUUAUGAAAUAUGGCUCUUUUUCAGUUGGCGAUACUGUCAUUUGUGAGUAUGAUGAACUACGUCGCCGGCCUAUCAGGAAUAAUCAUACUGGGACUCAUAUUCUCAACUUCGCUUUGAGAGCAAUUCUCGGAGAUGGAGUGGAUCAAAAAGGCUCGCUUGUAGCCGCAGAAAAACUCAGAUUCGACUUUUCCCACAAAUCUGCUCUGUCAGAUAAGGAAAUAGAACAGGUCGAGAACAAGGCAACAGAAUAUAUCCGACAAAACUGCGCUGUAUAUGCCAAAGAGAUCCCUCUCUCCACUGCUCGAGAGAUUGCGGGUAUUCGAGCUGUCUUCGGUGAAACUUACCCGGAUCCUGUUCGGGUUGUCUCUGUCGGCGUGGAACUGGACGAGAUACUGAAAAAUGUGAAGGAUCCUCGCUGGAACGAAGUCAGCGUUGAGCUUUGUGGUGGAACUCAUGUCCAAAAAACUGGUGACAUAAAAGACUUGAUAAUUGUGGAAGAGAAUGGCAUAGCCAAGGGGAUUCGCAGGAUCGUUGCUGUCACUGGUGAGGUAGCUCAUGAAGUACAAAGGGUAGCGACAGAAUUUGAAGAGCGUCUAAACCGUCUCGAUGCCAUGGUACUGGGUGCUCAGAAAGAACAGGAAGCAAAGCAGAUGCAGGCGGAGCUUAAUCAGCUUUCAAUAUCUGCAGUUCGAAAAACGAGGUUUCGGGAACGGUUGGCCCGCAUCAACAAGCAGGUCAUCGACGGACAGAAGGCUCAGCAGAAACUCGAAUCCAAGAUGGCCCUCGAAACAAUAACUUCUUACUUUCAGGAUGCUAAAAAUAAAGAUAAGACGUGGCUCGUUGCUAAGCUCCCGAUUUCAGCAAAUGCUAAGGCAGUUAGCGAGUCGUUGAAUUACGUCAAGUCGAAACUACCGGAUAAAACAGUCUACGUACUGGCUGCUCAUGCUGGACAGGGGCGUGUCGCUCAUGGGUGCUACGUCUCCAAGGCGCUAGCCGAUCAAGGGGCCUUAGCAAACGACUGGGCCGCAGUUGUAUCCGGUGUCGUGGGAGGAAAGGCUGGAGGAAAGGGGCCUACUUCUAUCGGAAAUGGGGUCAAUCCUGAUAGGGUCGAUGAAGCUCUUUCCUUGGCUUCUAAGUAUCUUAGUAAGUUCCAGUUGUAG